GUUGAGGCGCUGUUCUGUGUCUGUGGUCCCGGGAGGUGUGCGGAGGAGAGCGGACCAGGAGGGUCGUCCGGUCCAGGAGGGGAGACCUCGUGGGCUGUCCUCAGGAGGCUAAAGCUUUCCAUUCGGUGGAGGCGAGGAUGGUUGCCUGCUUCUCCCUCACCCGGGGGGGCCUGCUGCUGGCGUGGCUGGCCCUGCCCGGCUCCCUGCUGGGGGACCUGGUGUUCCGCUGCCCAAGCUGCACGCCCGAGCGGCUGGCCGCCUGCCCCAAGGUGAUGGCGGUGUGCGGGGAGAUCGUGCGGGAGCCCGGCUGCGGCUGCUGCCCCGUGUGCGCCCGCCUGCAGGGGGAGCCGUGCGGGGUGUACACGCCGCGCUGCUGCACGGGCCAGCGCUGCUACCCCACGGCGGAGGCCGAGCUGCCCCUGCAGCAGCUCAUCCAGGGCCUGGGCCGCUGCGGGCCGCGGCAGGAGGAGGAGGCGGCGCCGGCAGACCCCCCCCCCAAGGGGCAGGGCGCCAACGAGGUGCACGGCACCGAGGGUUCGCCGGUGCGUCCGCCGGCCAUUGAGCCAUGGAGCAGGACCAAAGUGUCAGCCGUGAUUAAGCACAAGAAUGACCUUGAUUCCAGGAUGAAGAACACCCAGUCGGACGACGCCAGACCCCCACUCUUGUCCCAGAGCUCCUGUGAGCAGGAGCUGAACCGGGUGUUGGAGGAGAUCUCCAGGAUGACCCUCCAGGAGAACCUCUACGAGCUCCGCUUCCCCAACUGUGACCGCAACGGCCUGUACAACCUCAAACAGUGCAACAUGUCCACCCAUGGCCAGCGGGGGGAGUGUUGGUGCGUGGACCCCAUGACCGGGACCCAGCUGCCGGCCACGCCCCGGGUCAGAGGGGACCCCAACUGCAACCUCCUCCAGGAGGACCCCGGCACCGUGCCCACGGCCGCCGCUAUGCGCUAGGGCCUCGUCCACAGUGUCGUCUGUUUGUUUGUAUGCUGAGCUUGUUUGUGGUUUUGUUUUUUUACCGAGGCAACAUGGCUGUAAAGGAUGUGGCAAGUAUUUCUGUGUGUGUUUGUGUUUUUUUGGGGGGGGGGCGGCUUUAUAAUGAUGGCGAUCACAUGUCACAUCUUUAUGAAGGCAGAUUGACUGUGUUUUAUAAAGCAGGUAAAAGGAUAAAAACCAGGAGACACAUUCCUUUCAGGUCCCCUUCAUACAUAUGAGAUAUUGACCGAACAAAAUAAGUAUUUAAGUGAAAUGAUCCAUGUUGAAAUAUAUGUUGAAAUAGGAAAUGUAUGUUAAACUUACAUUUAGCAUCAACAUUGUUGUUACCUAUUUUGCUUAAAUUUUCCUACGCACCCAAAAUGGUUGAUCUGCCGUUUGUGUGUGCGUGUUUGUGUGCGUGUGUGUGCGUGUGUGUGUGUGUGCGCGUUUGUAUGAGGGGCCGCCUGGGACAGAAUUCAUACUUGGUCUUACACACACUAUUAUAAUCUCGCAUAUACACCACUAUACUCAUACACACACACUAUUAAACUCCUUUUACAUGUAAGUAUGAGAGUGUAUAGUCAUGUAUGUAAGAGGGUAUAGUAGUGUAUGUAAGAGAGUGUAGUAGUGUAUAUAAGAGAGUAUAGUAGUGUAUGUAAGAGAGUAUAGUAGUAUGUGUAAGAGAGUAUAGUAGUGUAUGUAAGAGAGUAUAGUAGUAUGUGUAAGAGAGUAUAGUAGUGUAUGUAAGAGAGUAUAGUAGUGUAUGUAAGAGAGUAUAGUAGUAUGUGCAAGAGAGUAUAGUAGUGUAUGUAAGAGAGUAUAGUAGUGUAUGUAAGAGAGUAUAGUAGUAUGUGUAAGAGAGUAUAGUAGUGUAUGUAAGAGAGUAUAGUAGUAUGUGUAAGAGAGUAUAGUAGUGUAUGUAAGAGAGUAUAGUAGUGUAUUUAAGAGAGUAUAGUAGUAUGUGUAAGAGAGUUUGAAUGAAACGGAAGUGAGUUUGAAUGAAACGGGAGAGUUUGAAUGAAACGGAAGUGAGUUUGAAUGAAACGGAAGUGAGUUUGAAUGAAACGGAAGGGUUUCCUCAUUAUCAUUUACCUCCACAAACAAAAAGUGACCGUGGAAAAUAAAGUAAAUAAGAAGAAAUACCACUGACAUCUUUUUGCCACGGUUGUUUCUCCUGCUUGAUUUAAGCACUUUAUGGUCAAAUCCCGCCGGCGGGCAAUUUUUCGUUACACCAGCCCUUCCCCCCAACAUGCUGGGUCAAUUUUCGGCAUCAUACAGUUGAGUGUUAUAGCCAUGUCAUACACCGUUUGAAAGCUUAGAAUCUCAGGAAUGUCAUCCAAUGUCAACCAUAUGGUGGAAUAGAUAUUUUUGGCGAAUAUAGAUCAAAAAUAUCCUAGUGUCUUAGGUCAAAAUAGACCCCCUCACCUUCCUCCUCCCUUGGUGCAUUCUAACUUUAUCGUCGUUUUGGAUAUCCUUAGCAAUGAGUUGAUACUUCAUGUUGGGUCUUGAAAUGUUCAUAAGAGUCUGCAGAAAUCGAAUAUCAAUAUUAUUUUAGUGUAAUUACAUUGUGUAUAUGCACAAGCCAUCUUAUACAAAGCAUACUACAAGGCAUACUACUAUACUCUAAUAUUAUAGACUUCCCAGCACUGUGAGAGUAUAUGAUACAGUUAUUCUGAUAAUGUUAUAAAAUUCUACAGGUUAUCAGAUUUCCAAAGAGACCAAGCAUGUGAUUAGAGGUCAUACUAUGAAGGAGCAGUGCUCUCUAGAGUAGGCGCAGUGCAAAAACAAAAAAAUUGCCAAAAAUGGCCCGAACACUAAGUGGUUAAUUUUUCCUUGUUACUCUUGAGUUGGUGGUGCUAGCUUUACUUUCAAAGCAGCAAACCCACUAGAUAAUAUAGGCGGCGGGCACGGCGCCGCAUAGGGACCAAUGUGGGCCAGUGCCACUAUGAUUGACAGGCAGCCCACCCCAUCAGGAACCGAGGAAUCAAACUCACUUCUGUUUCAUUCAAACUCACGUCCGUUUCAUUCAAACUCACUUCCGUUUCAUCCAAACUAACUUCCGUUUCAUUCAAACUCACUUUCGUUUCAUUCAAACUCACUUCCGUUUCAUUCAAACUCACUUCCGUUUCAUUCAAACUAUUAAACUCCUUUUACAUGUAAGUAUGAGAGUGUAUAGUCGUGUAUGUGAGAGAGUAUAGUAGUGUAUGUGAGAGAGAAUAGUAGUGUAUGUGAGAGAGUAUAGUAGUAUAUGUGAGAGAGUAUAGUAGUGUAUGUGAGAGAGUAUAAUAGUGUAUGUGAGAGAGUAUAAUAGUGUAUGUGAGAGAGUAUAAUAGUGUGUGUAAGACCAAGUAUGAAUUCUGUCCCAGGCGGCCCCUCAUACGUUUGCACAUGUGUAUGUACUUUACGCAAAAGUGAGUGUAUAAAUACUUCCUAUUUUUUUUAUACAGCAUAUCAGAUAUUUCUGAUACGCUGUCCUUGGGCUCUUUAGCAAGGCUGUGUGGAAAUGGUAGUGUGGAUAUACGCUACAGGUUGCUGUUAUUAGCAGGUGUCUAUGGGUGGUAUUGUGGAUGCUAACUGCUAUGCCAGACGUUGCUGUAAUUAACAGUUGAAUAUGGAUCCUAGCAUGGAUGCUAGCCGCUACGCUACACGUCUCCAUUGUCAGCAGGUGAAGGGGUCGUAGCGGGGAUGCUUGGUGCUAUGCUACGGUUAUUAGCAGUCAAUGCCAGGUGCUAUGCUCCAUAUUGCCCCUUUUAUUCCACGCGUGUGUAUUGCAGCGUUCGGGGUAUCAGGGCUCCUGUUUGUUCAGCUGCUUCCCUAAUUGGUCACCCCUACAUGGAUCCUAGCCUGUCGGCCUGUGAGCCAGAGAGAAUACAACAUAUACAGUUUCUAUACAGGUGCUAAGUGUAAUCAGGCCACAUUAGAUAUCUAAAUGUUGAAUCUGUGACACCCUAUUUUGGUGGCCACACAUCCCACAAUGUGGAAUGUGUGGCACCUUUAUCUUUUCUUAUUUUUUUCUUUCUUGUUUCAUGUUGCCCAUGUUUUGUGUUCAGUGUUUUUUUCCACUGAAUUGUAACUCAUUUGUUUGUUUUGGCUGUGGAUGUAAUGUUGUUCUCUGUUGAUUUCUAUGUGGUCGGAUUGGUGUUCUUAGAAUAACUGUACAACUUUAAAGCAUUAACAAAGAAGCAAUUCAUCAUUUAUAAAGCAUUGUUCAUGCAUUCAUGUAUGUUUUUCAUAAUCAGUUGUAAAUCGUUAAUAAGACGGUUUCAAUGUUAAUUUAUAAAGCUAAUUGAUGACUUACAAACUAUUUACAAAGUGUUAUUUUGUGCUCAUCUAAAGUGAGGACAAUGAUUUGUACUAUGGCAAUGGUACUUGAGGCAUUGCAAUUGUAGCCUAUGAGUAUUAAUGUAGUAACAAUGCUUUGUAACUGAUUCAUUCCUACAUUAAUUUAUUAUUGCUGUAAAUUGGAAUUGGCCUAUAUUCUGAGAUGCUACCCUUUAGUUCAUUCAAAUAACAUCAACCAGUCCAUACAAUGCACAAUAUUUCCGUAGUUUUGAUAUUGGAUUAAUAUGCAUUACUUUGCCAUAGGGAAAUUGGUGCUUGUUGUUUUUUAAAAUACCAGUAUGUUUAUAUUCCUGUCUGUGGUGAAAAAAUAUACACUAAAUAUAUUAUCAAAUAAAAAGAUACAUUGCU